AUGACAAUGUUGAAGAAGAGUAACAUUGCAGUACUUGUGGCGUUGCUGAUGAUCAUAUGGAUGGGAAAAUCCACAGGCUUUCGCUGUGGGAAAAUCGCGCAUAACAGCACCUGUCCUGAUGGAUUCUGCUGUAAUAUUUCAGGGUACUGCGGUAAAACUGUUGAGUUCUGUGGAAAGAGCCAUUGCCAAAGCCAAUGUGAGCAUGAAGAUGUGCCUCAGAUUCAAGCUAAGCAAACUCCGAGUAUUCGAGCUUUCAGAACUCGUAAAAUUCCUACUCAGAAUGUUGCUGCUGCUGCUGCUGGGAAUCCUUGA